CUCACUGAUACGCUGCUGGUCCGGUCAGUGGGCCAGGACUGGAAACGUUCUCCAUCCACGACUGCAAAAAAAAAAAAAAACCUCAGCAGCACUCACUCUCUCCCAUCACAUCACAUCACAUCACACACAUCUCAGCGAGCUCCCACUGACGAUGACUGCGAAAAACAGACACAAGAGCAGCUCGAGCGAAAAGAGCGCCGCAGCCAUCCAAGAUGACGCGUCGAAGAAAAGCCAAAAGAGCACCAGUAACGGGGUGAGUGGCCCCGCACCUCAGGGGCCACGGUCAGGGAGCUGCCUCGGCCUUCUUCUGACCACAGUGUUUUAUAUUGCGUUAAUAGGCGCUGCAGGGUUUGCCGCUUUUUAUUUACAGCAAGUAGUGGAAGAAAUCCGCCAGACAACCGCCAGGCAUGAGGAGAGCGCACUGCAAAACGCGGAGCUGAGCAGUAAAAUGGAGAGCGUCGUUCAACAGGUGGAGUCUCUGAGGAGUGUUGUGGACGGGCUGGAGUCGUCACUGGGCAUCACACGGGUGGAGCUGGAGGGGGCCAUCAGCCGGAUGAAGAGGGGCGAGGUGGAGACGAGGAGGGUGGAGGAGGCCCUUCAGAAGCUCCAGAACGAUCUACUCAGGGACCUUUCGGAGGGCAUCAACGAGGUGAAGGAGGCCCGAGAGAGGGACUUCUCUUCUCUGGAGAAGACUGUGGAGGAGCGUCUGGCUGAGGUGAGUCAGUCCAUCACAGCCAGCGUGACGGAGUUCACUGAAGCUCAGGGCGAGGCGCAGAGCCAGAUGGCUGAUCUCAAGGCCCGUCUGGGUGACAUGGAAGACCCCGCGCUCAUCAAACAGGAGCUCUCUGCAAUUGUUGAUGCUGUAGCUGAAAUCAGAACAGCCAAACAGGCUUCUGAUGUCUCAGCUGAUUCACUCAGGGAGCAGAUAGGUGCUGUGAGGACAGAGCUCCAGACUCGUAACCAGGAAGUAGCCUCACUGUCUCAGGAAGUUGAAACAGUGAGGUCAGUAGUGCAAGAGAAUGUUGGGAGUCUGAGGCAGUCACUGUCCGCAGCAGAGGCCGGUGUCCAGGUUCUGAAAGACAAAAGCGUGACACUGGAAAGCAGCGUGGAGCAGGCCGCUGAUGCUGUUCGUAAUGUGGAAAAGCUGGCGAAUGAAGCAGCUGCUCAGGUCAAGAAAAGAUCAGACGACCUGGAAGCCAGAGUUAAAGCAUCAGAGGAGAGUGGAGAUUCACUGUCAGCAUCAGUAUCAGACAUCACUACCAAAGUGGAAUCACUAUUCGCCAAAUACGACACCCAUGAAAGCACUCUAGCUGCACAGGGGCAGGCUGUGGAGAAAGUCAAAACUGGCUUGGAGCAGGAGAUGGAGGCACUGAAAAGCAGUUUAGGGGAGCUCCAGUCCAACAUUGCCGCUCUGAGUGGUGCCCAGACCAAGCUUACUUCGAAGGACUCCAACCUGGAUCAGCAGGUGAAGGACUUGGAGGAGAGGCUCGCCGCUCUGGAGGGCAGCAGUAGCAGCGUGAAACCAGAGCAGCUGCAGAGCUUAAGAAGCAUAGUAGCUGGCUUGGAAGACAAAGCAGCCAAGCUAGAAGGCCACGAUCAGGCUAUUUCUACUCUUCAGAAAGCUCUGCAGGAAACCACACAGACACUGGAGGGCUUAUCCAAAGCCAAUGGCAUGAAGGGAAUGUAGGGAUUUUUAGUUAGCAAUGUGACAUCGGGAUACCAAAACAUGGACAACAAUAAAGAUUCCCAAAGGGUGACCAUAACCCACUUUUCCUAUUUUCUAAAAGAAUUAUUUCUCACACUUGAUGGUUGAUGUCACGAUGUUGCACGUUUUAGUAGAAAAGUAGCAAAUGUGAGGAUAACUGGGUUAGGUCAGGAGAGAGGGGCAGAGCUGGACUGAUCUGUGAAUUCAAAUCCACGCUCAUUCUGCACUGUAGUUUUGUGUUUUUUAUAUUUUUCUUUGUUAGAUGUUACAUUUUCUGUGCCAAGGCUGUUUUUUGGAAAACCAAGCAAAUGUAAUAAUAAGCUCUUUUUGAGCACUACUUUGUUUACUUACUCUAUGUGUGUGUGUUUUUUUUUAACAAGAAUAAAAACUCUUGUUGACCCAAA